CACACACACACACACACACACACACACACACAUGGAUGGCUCUUCCUUUCCCCUGUAGGGUAUAAAAGAAGAAGCCUCCCAAGUCGGAGCAGCAGCGGCAGACCGACUCCGACCAGCAGCUUCUCUCCGAGUCCUGCCACGGAUCCUCCGCCCUGAACGACCCCCACCAUGUCUGAUCAAGGCGCCGGCCCGACCUCCUCUCUCGCCCCCCCUCCUCCCUCCGGACCCCCUCCCAAGAUGACGAACCGCGGCCGCUCCGCGGAUCCCAUCUCCAGCUCCAACUCGGACUCGACCGACAUGCCCGAGUUUGAGCCCUUUGGGGUCCCGGGACCGAGAGGGUUUCCCCCCAUGACUGAGUUUUUGGACAUUUCCAGCGUGGACAUGAUGAAGGGGCCGGAUGAGAGCAACAAGAAGCAACACCGCACCGCGAUGUUCAACUCCGACUAUCUCAUCGUCCGUCGAGGGCAAGAGUUCCAGGUCAGGAUCUCCUUCAACCGACCCUACAAACCCGCCACGGACACGUUCGCCGUGGAGUUUGUCAUCGGCUCCAGCCCUCAGUACAGCAAGGGCACCUAUAUUCCCGUCUUCCCCACCAAGGAGCGCCAAAGCUCCUGGGAAGGCCGCGUCGUAGACGCCGCCGACUUAACGGUCACGAUGGGCGUCACUCCCGCGGCAAACUGCAUCGUGGGGAAGUACCACAUGUACGUGGCCGUGAAGACGCCCUUCGGCAUCCGCAGGACCAGAUGGGACAAGAGCCAAGACCUCUACGUCCUCUUCAAUCCCUGGGGGCCGGAUGAUGCCGUGUUUCUGGACGAUGAGAGCGAGAGGCAGGAGUGCGUGAUGACCGAGAUGGGGAUCAUCUACCACGGCUCCUACGACGACAUCGCCGAGAGGAACUGGAACUACGGACAGUUUAACUACGGAGUCCUGGAUGCCUGUCUGUACAUCAUGGACCGGUCUGACAUGCCCAUCACCAACAGAGGAGACCCCAUGAAGGUGACCAGAAAGGCUUCUGCUAUGCUGAACUCUCGCGAUGACGACGGCGUGCUGGUGGGGAACUGGAGCGGCGACUACACCUACGGAGUGGCGCCCACCUCCUGGACCGGCAGCACGGACAUCCUGCUCACCUACGCCAGCAGCAAGAUGCCCGUCAGCUUCGCUCAGUGCUGGGUCUACGCCGCCGUCUUCAACACCUUCCUGCGCUGCCUGGGCAUCCCGUCGCGGGUCGUCACCAACUUCUUCUCCGCUCACGACAACGAUGGAAACCUGAAGACCGACAUCAUCCUGGACGAGAGCGGCAGGAUCGACCGCGUCCGCACCAGAGACACGAUCUGGAACUACCACUGCUGGAAUGAGUGCUACAUGUCCAGACCAGACCUCCCAACUGGCUUUGGAGGCUGGCAGGUUGUGGAUGCAACACCGCAGGAGACCAGCGAUGGCAUGUACAGAUGUGGCCCUGCAUCAGUCCAGGCCAUAAAACACGGGCACAUAUGCUUCCCAUUCGAUGCUGCCUUUGUGUUUGCUGAGGUCAACAGCGACGUGGUGUUUUACACCCGGAGUAAAGACGGGUCCCUGGAGCCAGUCAAGGUGAACCGGACUCACGUGGGCCGCAUGGUUCUGACCAAGACUCCGGGAGACGUAACCCGUCGAGAUAUCACCGAUCAAUACAAGUUUCCUGAAGGCAGCACAGAGGAGCGGACCGUCCUGGAAAAAGCGGAGCAGUACGGCUGUGGCCGAGACAAGUCCGACCUCCCCGAGGCCGACGUGGACCUGGUCCUGCCCGCGAUGGAGAUCAGCGUGGGCGACGACUUCGAGCUGAGCCUGGAGUUCGUCAACCGCAGCGGCGAGCGCCGCACCGUGGACGCCUACAUCAACGGGAGCGUGGUGUAUUACACCGGGGUCACCAGCUCCGAGUUCCUGUUCAGCAAUCCCACCGUGACGAUCGAGCCCAACAAAAGUGUGAAGGAGUUGGUGGAGGUCAAGUCUAAAAGAUACAUGAAGAGCCUCGUGGAGCAGGCCAACCUCCACUUCAUCGCCACCGGGAAGGUCAAGGAGACGGGCCAGAUCGUCACCGCCAUGAAAGUCGUCACUCUGCACAAUCCCAAGCUCACCGUCGCGGUGUCCAACGGCGGCAAAGUGAACGAGGAGAUGACGGCGACUGUGGAGUUUACGAACCCCUUCACCUUCAGCCUGGAGGGCGUCUACAUUCGCAUGGAAGGACCCGGGAUCAUGCUGCCCAUGUCCAAAUAUUACAGUCUGAUCCCAGGAAACUCCUCUCUGACCUGGACCGAGUACUUCAUCCCGCAGAGGGCUGGCAGCAGCAGGUUGAUGGCGUCUCUGGACUGUCCCGCUCUCAGGCAGGUCUACGGCACGGCGCCCGUCACCAUCGGCGAUCGAUCGCUGUAGGACCACCGGCGCCAGACGACGGUCAACUCCCUGACAAAUGAUAAACCUCUCACAUAGUUACACAACCAGAGGUUUGCAGCAGCUUGACAGGUGUAGCUUCAGCAUUUAUGAUACGAAUGGCAAUUGUAUGACGCCACCGUACACAAGAGAAGUUUCAGUUAGUUGCAAUCUGCACCCUCACUGCUAGAUGGCGCCAAAUACAAGAAAAUCGAUCAAAAAACAGCGUUAAAUUAUAUUCUCUUUAUUUGUGGUUGUGGUUACACAUUGAUUAUGGCUGCCUUUGACAUAAUUCCUUCAUUUAAUCAUUCCCGACUCCUUAUAAGGACAGUAAAGACCCUUCAUAUUUUACUCUAAAUUGAGUGGUAAACAGGGAUUUCUUACAAUAACAAAUUAUUGUUGAAUUUUUUACUUUCACACCCAGAAUUAACACACUCACAUGGAUAUGCAAAAAAAAAAAGUAAGGCUCCAUUAAUCUAUUUGUGUCCAUUAGUGGCAGAAUUACACAAAGACAAGAUGACAGAUCAUUUGUUGUGAAUGGGAGCUAACCACGUGAUGCUUUGUUUCAUUUAAUACAUAAUAAAAUGUUGAUUAACGCAGCUUCAACUUCAUUUUCAAGAUGUACUCCCACUAUGCAACCUUUCUAUAUCGAGCUAUGAAUUCAGUUUGUUCCCAUCUUUCUUUGUCAGAACAAAUGCAAAUAUCAAGCAAAUAAAAGAUGAAUAACUGCA